GUUUAUUUCUCCAAGCACAUGGACAUACAUUAAUGUCAUGUUUGUUUACAUGAUUGUGAAAAUUAUUGUUUUGCGUCUCAAAGAGCAACCCUGUUGUGAUUUGCAUUUUAAAUGUUUCUCUUUUUUUCUCAUUGUACAGAACGCUGUAGCAGUAGCUUCAGUUCAUUUGCCACAGUCUGUCUUCUCUCGGUCUUCAGCCUGGCAAUCUGUUGAUAACUCCACUUGCAAGCUUCAGUUUAUUGUCUUUCGGAAUGGAAAACUCUUUCCUAGCACAGGAAACUCAUCAAAUCUUGCAGAUGAUGGGAAGCGUCGGACGGUUGCUACACCAGCUGUUUUUGCUAAAAUAGAUGGAUGCAGUUUUGGAAACCUCACCAGCCCUCUUACUAUAGGCUUGAGGCACUUUGCACGGGGUGUAGACCCCAUUGCAGCCUUCUGGGAUUUUGACCUUCUAGAUGGACAUGGAGGCUGGUGGGGAGAAGGGUGCAACAUAAUUAGUUCUGCAGGCAAUAUUACCACCAUUCAGAGUACACACUUCAGUAACUUUGCAGUGCUAAUG